GCUGCCACACUUUAUCCUUUGAAAGCAGUGCUCACUCUUGCAUUUAGCUUGGUAGAUGUAUGCUCAGGCAAGAAGCAGCAGAGAGAACAAUUUGGGCUUCUUUAAAAAAUACACAGUAGUCACUAAGAUCUUGUUUAGAGCAAUGUAAUUAAAUUAUAUUAUAAAUGAUUUUAAAUACAGAAAAAGGAUCUAUGACUUGCAUAAUAAUUUCUAUUGUAAUAAUAUAUUGUAAAGAUUGUGUCUGUGCACGGGAAUGUGGGUCCAUCACUUAAAUACAAAAACUGUCUCCCUUUUCCAAUUGCCUUUUCUUUGGCAAAUUGCAGGACUUUUGUGUGGGAUGUUGCUGACAUUUAUCUGAAACUUGCUAAACUUGUUUAAUCAUUUCAGCUUUACAAAGGUUUUUUUCUCCUUUCUCUAAGGAUGCUGUCAGCACAGAUAUGUAAAGAAACAACAUUAAAAAACAGUAAAUGACAAUUCAUGGCAUGCAAUCAAAAGUGAACAAUGCAUUUUUAAACUCAGGACAAAGAUUUACAGGAAUGUAAUGCAGUCCUGUCAACAUGGAGCAUAAUAUAAACAUCUUAUAAAAUUCAUGCCAUUAAGUUUUGAUUCUAUGUUUAUUUUAUUUUUCAAAUCUAUAUUAAACUUACGCACCAGAACCAGCAGGUUUUUUUCCAUCCACCAUCACACUACUGAACUCUACACUACACCGCUAGAUCACUACAAAACAAAACACAAAACAAAUCACUGUAUAUAACCUCUGUAUUAUUCAUGUACAUAUUUCAUUGUAUAUCUUUUUUACUCCUCAGUACAUCUGCACUAUUUUAUCGAUAUGUAUCUUUAUAUCAUUACUGUACAUUCUGCCCAACAUUUCAUUCAUUUAUGUGUAUAUAACGUAUGUAUGUAUGCAUUCUAUAUUCAUAUAUAGUAGACUGUUUAUUCAGCUUGCUAACUCCUUAAAUGCCAUAACCUUGUAAUCUUGUAACCUUUCACUUCUGCACAUUCCUCUUCGACUGCUACAUUUUGCACUUCUGGUAGAUGCCAAACUGCAUUUCGUUGCUGUGUACAAUGCAAUGACAAUAAAGUUGUUCUCCUUUGGGUGUCUUUUGAGCUACUCAGUUAUGCAAUCUUAGGCAAUCAUGUAUGUAUGGUCAGUGGUGGACAGCCACAAAUAAUUAUUUUAAACUUUCAUUACUGUAUUAAAGAACAUUUUUCAAGGAUUUUUACUUUAGAGUAUUUUCAUGUUUGGAAACUUUAACUUCACUGCUUUUUAAUGCAUAUUGUCUCACUUUUUAAUCACUGCAAGAAAAACCAUGGUGUUCCUCACCACUUUGACAUGAUAAACUAUGUUAAAUGAAGGUUUGGGGUAAAGGUACUCUUGGGGGAACACUGACUUGUAUAAACUAUUCAAAUAUAGUUAUUGAUCAGAACUUUGAUAUUGAUACCUAAGUGCAUCUAAAAGCAAGUACUUUUACUCAUCUGAGUUUUGGCAUCACUGCACUGCCUUCCAGUCCGUUUCAGAGUUAAAGGUUUUUUCUGAUUUUUGAGUUUGUCUAUAAAGCUUUAAAUAAUUCCGUUUCCAAAUACCUUGUUGACUUAUGACAGCUCAUGGACAGAGUCCAGGAACAGACAUGAUCAAGUUUUUGCUGUGGCUGAUCAAAUACUGUAUAUAAUUUGCCUUUUAAUCAAAUCUGGCUACUUUAACAUCUUUGUUAAAAACUUUUUUUUUCCUUUGACUUUUAAUUCCUAAAAGAUCUUAGGUUUCAGAGGGGUUUGUGUUUCUUGAUUGAUACUUGGUUUUGAAUGCUCUAUUUGUUUUACUUAGUACUUCUGUUGUAAAACAAAACAAACGUAUAGGCUCUUUAUAAAAGAUGCAACAAGUAAGCUAAAGCUGCUAAAAUAAACUAUUGAUUUAUGAUUGAUUGACGUAAUAGAAGUACUUGUACUUCACUGGAAUAUUGAUGUUUUUCACAUACAGGAACCGUGUACUUUAUUCACUAGUUUGUAGGAAUAAUUAGUUGUGUGCAGCGCCAUCUAGCGGCAACAUGUGAGCAUUGAUGUUGUUUUCAUAUUCUACCACUGGAGGUCGCGGCACUCAAUAAAUACAUAAUAGGUGAUAAAUCCGGUUUGAUCCUCGGCUAAAGAAGGACUCCGCAGUGCUCCGGCAUCAGUAGUGGCAGUAGUCGGAGGUCGUUCCCACUGGAGACAUGGUGAUCAGCGCGGCUUUUGGAUGGACCCCAUAACCAGAGAUCGAUACGCGAAACAGAGCGGAGAAACAAGCGUGUAGGACGGAUCCGACUUGGUUUUGGGCAUGCGGGAGGACACAGGAAUCAGAUCAGACUCCAACAUCCGAUUGUACCCGUGAUUAACCCGAUCUAACAUUCAGGCAACUAGUUAAUGAUUAAUCCGACUGUCAACAAAGAAGGAUUUUUUUUACUGCUCGCGUGCUGAGGGUCUUUAAAAUCUGGCUCAAGUCUCGGUAGGUCACAACAAAAGGAGGCAGUGAUCUAGUUAGCUUAGCUUCCUGCCAUCUGGAAAGCUAGUGCAUGCAAACCGAGGGAGCCAGUGGAAUCUACUGGGAUGCACAAGAAACCCUGAACCCAGAAAAACACCUAACAAAACAUCAUUCCUCCUGGAUGACAACACGAGGGUCUGGAUUUCUCCACCAAUGAGCCUGGAGAUCAGCCGGCGCGUGCCGUGUGUGUGUGUGUGCAGAUCGCAGACAUUGUUACAUCCGGUCUUCAGUCUUUUGCAUUGCUAAAAGAAACCUUCUGAAGCUGCUUGAACAUUGCAUUUGGUUUCCGUUUGCCCGAAAAUGGCCGCCGUGGUAAAUUACUCGCCCCCGUGGUGGGUCAACCUGCUGCACCGUCUUCCUCACGUCAACCUGCGCUUCGAGCAGAUCAGCAGCGACUUUCAGCCAGAUGAUUCCUCAUACCAGCAGUCCAUUCUGCUGCUUGGAGCGGUCGCACUAGCCUGCCUGGCACUGGACCUUCUAUUCCUCCUCUUUUACUCCUUCUGGCUUUGCUGUUGCCGCAAGAAGAGCAGCGAGCAGCCUAACGCUGACUGCUGUUGCACAGCCUGGUGUGUCAUCAUCGCCACCCUCGUGUGCAGUGCUGGCAUUGCUGUUGGUUUCUAUGGGAAUGGAGAGACCUGUGAUGGAGUUAACCGUCUCACUUACUCACUGCGCCACGCCAACCGUACUAUUGCCGGCGUACAGAAACUGGUAUCAGAUAGCACCACCUCCCUAAAUCUGACUGUCGAUGAGAAUUUGCAGCAUUUGCAGAGCCAGUACACGAAGCACACUGAUUACCUGUCGAUUGUGCAGAAGCUGCAGGGCCAACUGGAUGAACUUCUCAAACAGAUGGUGGAGAUCCCUUUCUGGAGCAAUCCCAGCAUUUCCCUGGAGGCACUGGCCGUCAGGAUUGAACUCUAUGACUGGUACAGGUGGCUCGGCUAUCUGGGUCUUCUCUUGUUUGACGUGUUCAUCUGCCUGCUGGUGCUCUUCGGCCUUAUUCGCAAUUCUAAAGGAACUCUGAUUGGGGUCUGUUUACUGGGUGUGUUGGCACUGGUAAUCAGCUGGGGAUCGCUGGGUUUGGAGCUGGCUGUAUCCUCGAGCUCGAGUGACUUUUGCGUGGCACCAGACACGUACGUCGCGGAAGUGGCCGAACGCUACAGAGUCAUCAACAAAGACAUCCUGCAGUAUUAUCUACGGUGCAGCGUGGGCCAAACCAACCCAUUUCAACAGAAACUGUCUGGAAGCCACAAGGCUCUGGUGGAGAUGCAGGACGACGUGUUGGAGCUCCUGCGUUCUGCAGUGCGAGAAUACCCCCAAACCAAAAGCAAUCUAGAGCAAAUUCAGGGGGUUUUGAACACCACCGAAAUCAGCCUGCAUCAGCUGACUGCCCUUGUAGAUUGCCGCAGUCUGCACAUGGAUUACGUGCAGGCUGUGACAGGACUUUGCUAUGACGGUCUAGAAGGGCUGAUUUACCUGGUGCUCUUUUCCUUCGUCACAGCCCUCAUGUUCAGCUCCAUCAUCUGCAGCGUUCCUCACACAUGGCAGGGUCGAAGGCCCAGUGAAGACAAUGAGGAAGACUCCGCAGCUUCUGGAGGAAGGCAAAACCAUGAUAACUUGUACCGGGUGCACAUGCCUAGCCUAUACAGCUGUGGCAGCAGCUAUGGCAGCGAGACCAGCAUCCCUGCAGCAGCACACACUGUCAGCAAUGCCCCCGUUACUGAGUACAUGACACAGAAUGCAAACUUCCAAAAUCCUCGCUGUGAGAACACUCCUCUUAUUGGGAGAGAGUCGCCUCCCCCUUCUUACACUUCCAGCAUGAGGGCCAAGUACCUGGCCAACGCCCGGCCUGAUCCCAACAGCACCGCUGCAGCACAUUAGAGAGCUCCCAGGGACAUCCUUAAUCGCUCACAUAAACACACACACACACACACACACACACACACACACACACACACACACACACACACACACACACACAUUUUCAAACCCCCUCUCACAAAUGUGCCCUUGCUCCUAUAACCCAUAAACAGACUCCAGCAGGCCCACCCAUCCUAUUUCAGACUAAAAGGACCCCCACAUAUUCACCAGUGAAGAGGCCCCUUGUUUACACAUGACUGGCCACAGUUCCAAAAAGUGGCAUACUCCUGACAAGUGUGUGUGUGUGUGUGUGUGUGUGUGUGUGUGUGUGUGUGUGUGUGUGUGUAUGUCUGUCUAUGUGUGUGUAUGUUUUACAGGUCUAUGUGUGGGUGUACAUGUUUGUUCGUACAUGCUGCCGUUGCUUUUUUGUGGUGCUUUUGCCAGAAGAGCCUAAAGCCCCAGAAGUGCAAAGCCAGUCGGGGUAUCUGGCCUAUCACAUUCCUGCAUGACUUCUAUAAUGUGACCUCGUGCGUGUGUGUGUACAUAGGAUUAUUUGACUGGUUAGAAUUUUCUAGGCUUUCAACACAAAACACAGUAGCAUCCACUCUGAUUAACUGGAUCAACAACACGAUUUCAACUCACCACCCGGGUACCUCCGUGUAUCACUUCUUCUCAAAUAGAAGUGCGCAAGAGCUUCUGCAGUGGGAAUGAAUGCCGAUUAGAACCAGUUUGAACAAAGUGUAUUUUGAAAUUCACUGAUUCCGUGGUGCUAGCUAAUCUUAUGAAAUCUGAAAAAGAAUACUGCCAUUAUGUACGAGGAAAGGAAACAAGUAGCAAUAGUGUGGUUUAGGGUUGAUAUAAUGGCUUAGGGGUUAGCUGUAGUUUUAGAAUUUCAUUUACAUGCUUUCUUUUAGGUGGAGUAGUGUUAAUUAAAGCCAUAGCCAGCUUUAGAAAACCCUGUGUAAGCUCCUCCUUCCCUUAUUUCUUUUUUUUUUUAAACACCAUGCAUGUAAAUAACCACUCGGAGGUCCCCGGUGCGAUCAAAAUGAGACACAUGUUCAUAGCGCACAAUGUUAAACAGCAGCGUUGCUGUAAGAGUAAAAGCUGCUCAGGUUCUCUAAUGCAGAGAUUGCCAAACAUGCACACAAAAUGGCAUAUGAGGGUUUGGGUAUUUGAUUUUAUUCACCUCAGCUCUCUUUGUAUAUCAUACCUACUAGACAGCAGGCCUGGAAUUUCAGUGCUGAUUUCAGCAAGAUACUGCAUUUAUAAUGUCUGUGGAUUCUAGGAACUGCGAUCUUUUCUUUUUAAUCGUACAAUUUUGGUCUCUGCCAUGGAAGUGACACGUUUUCAGUUAUCUAUGACAUCCGUGUUGCAUGCAUUGCAGCUGUUUUUCCCUCCACAGCAGGAUUUUAUCAUUGUGUACUUGAGAACUUCUCUGUACUGUACCUGAACAUGAACUAUGAACUUGGACAUAUUGCUGAGCAAGCAUGGACCCGAAUAUGGCUGUUAAUUUUUUUUUUUUUUUUUAAUGUAUAUUUUUUUUUUACCUCCAUCUUUUGAAGCAGGAUGGACUCACAGGGCAGAGGGAAAAGCUGAGUCAGCGAAACAGUUUGCCUGGAAUGUCCAGGAAAGUUUUAUUUAACGUCAACAUUUUUCUGCUUCUAUUCACCAAUGUUAUAACCACUAAGUUACCAUGGAUUAUGACAGCAACUGCAGUACAUCUGGAUUAAGGAGAACGUGCUAUAUGGAAACUUGCAUCUCCCCAGAUAACCUCUCUCUAACACACACGGACACAUACUCACACACACACAAACACACACACACACACAUACAUACAGAUGUUGAUGCAUGGUCCACCAUUCACCAUGUCUGGGGUCCUCUGCCAGAUUUGAACAUGGAUGGUCUCCUGCAGAGAGUCGCGAGUUGGUCAUCGAUGUUUUGAUUAUUCACACAGCUUCUUCUCUUGAACUGCACCCUGCUAUGCAAUGUCAUGUGCAAUGGUGCAAGCCAGACAUAAACCAUUUUGACAUUCCUGGCUCAGGCUGGGGGGUGGAAAUUUCCCUAAAAUGCUACACCGACCAAACCAUUCCUUGUACAGCCACGUUCCUGGGACAGGGGCAUGCAUUCUGGCUAAAGACUGAUCAUGUAUAACAAAUAUGGACAGCUCGUGUGGACUAGAAGAAACAUAAUCAAUGGAAAAAUAAAAUUAGGAGCAAAAGGGAUUGUGAAAGACUUUGGGUGGAGAAAAAGGAACCUGGGUUAUUUGUGUCUUUUAAGUCAUAGCUGAACAUCUCAAGCUUUCUGGACUCUAAGCAUUUGUUCAUCAAUUUCUCUGAGGCAUGGUGACCCUUUCGAUAUGGAGUGUGUUCUGAAUUGUUCUCGUGUGCUACUGAUGCUUAUUUUUUGGGUUCUUUGAAUUAUUGCAAUCAAUAACGAGGCAAGGUUCCUCGACUGUGCCAACAACCAAACCAUGACUUUGAAUCUUAUUUCCCCUCAUACCUUUUAAAUGUUUCCCCUGUUUUAAAUGGGCCUUUUUUGUACAUUCACAGCUCAGCCUAUGCCUGAGCAAUCAAGCAAGUCGCCUGUGAACAUGAGCCUGACGAUUUAAGAAUCGCCUUCUUUUUUUCUAUGUGAACGACCAUUUGUUAGUAAUGCAAUAUAUUUUAUUCUUUUUAUUUGUCAUACUCUGUUAAUUUCAUAAUGCUAGAACAGUGUGUAUGUAUGUGUAUAUGUAUACAUGUGUGUGUAUGUGUGUGUGUAUAUGUAUAUACAUAUACACACACACAUGUAUUAUAUAAAUAUAUAUUUAUAUACAUCAUAUAAAUAUACUAUAUAUAAAACUACAAUGCAGAAAUGAAGAAAACAGUAAGACAAAUUUGCAAUUCCAUAGUGCAAACUGUCGCACUUCAUUUUAUUUUAUUUGUAUUUUUUUUUUGCUAGUCAUUGUGGCAUAUUUUUAGGAUGAUUAGUAAGCACAUAGUUUGGUAUUUCAUUUAAUUAUUUUGAGUGAAUUUUCACCUUUUAUCUUUUACCCCUCUUUCUUUUUUCCCCCUUUAAAUUUUUACCAUUUACUAAAAUAUUGUACAUGUUAAACCUGUGGUUUUAUUCAGCUUGAACUCAGUGUUUUCAGAUUAAAAUAACAUGAACUGACA